AUGUUCCGCUCCGCCAUUGUUCGCUCCCUGCGGGCCUCCGCCCCCCGUGUCGCUGUCAAGACCCCGGCUCCCUUCCAGAUCCGCAGCUCCCCCAUUGCUGUGCGCGCCUCCAAAUUCACUCCCUGCUUCGUCAACCAGGGUGUUCGCUGCUACUCCGCCCCUGCCGGUUUGAACAAGAGCGAGGUUGAGGGCCGGAUAGUCAACCUGCUUAAGAACUUCGACAAGGUUUCCGACGUCAACAAGAUCAACGGUGUUUCCCACUUCUCCAACGACCUCGGUCUGGACAGCUUGGAUACCGUCGAGGUCGUCAUGGCCAUUGAGGAGGAGUUCAGCAUUGAGAUCCCCGACAAGGAGGCCGAUCAGAUCCACAGCGUUGAGAAGGCUGUUGAGUACAUCCUGGCUCAGCCCGAUGCCCACUAA